AAAGUUCAUUCCAUUUCACAAAUUGGGGUAUCAAUUUAGGUAUUUAGGGUUUAAUCGAAGUUGACCUUGAGAAAGUGUGCAGUUGUCGUCGUCAUCGGAGUAUUGGGACCUUCUUUAGUUGCAAUCUGGAGUGGACAGGUGUAAAAAUACUUAUAUAUAGUGUUUUGCAUCAUGGACGAGGAUAUUGAGGUUGUCUUUCACCAUCGAGGGAAAUUAGUUAAUGAUGGGAAGCUUAAGUAUGAAGGGGGGGAGACAUCUAGGUUUAUGUUUGACCCAGAUGUUUGGAGUUAUUUCGUGGUUGUUAGUGUAGUGAAAUCUUUGGGAUACCAUGGGCUUAAAGAUAUGUGGUACUCUAUAGGAGGGGCUUCAGUGUUGGAGGAUAAGUUAGAGCCUCUGUGUGAUGACACUGGUGCCCUGCAUAUGGUUAAUUUAGCUAGGCUGAAUGGUGAGGUGCAUGUGUUUUUGAUACACCCUGUUUCUGAACCCGAUGUCAUACAUAUGCUAGAAUAUGUUGGUAAUGACGAAGGACAAGUUGAAGAGAGGGGUGAUGUUGAUUGUGAAGAAGUGGAAGUUGAUGCUGUUAUGGAGGAAGAGGUUGUUAGAGUUGAAGAAGUUGGUGGUGUGUUGGAAGAGAUGGGUAAUGUUGAUGGUGAAGAACAAGAGAUGGGUGAACAAGUGUUAGUUGAGGCUGUUAUGGAGGAAGAGGUUGUUAGUGUUGAAGAAGUUUGUGGUGUGUCGGAAGAGAUGGGUGAACAAGUGGAAGUUGAGGCUGUUAUGGAGGAAAAGGUUGAUGGAGUUGAAGAAGUUUGUGGUGUGUUGGAAGAGAUUGGUGAACAAGUGGAAGUUGAGGCUGCUAUGGAGGAAGAGGUUGAUGGAGUUGAAGAAGUUUGUGGUGUGUUGGAAGAGAUGGGUGAACAAGUGGAAGUUGAGGCUGUUAUGGAGGAAGAGGUUGAUGGAGUUGAAGAAGAGAAUGAAGUUGAAGGUUAUGUGGAAAUCCAAAGCUGGAAUUCCUCUUUUGAGAAUGGUAGUGGUGAUGGAAAUAAUGAGUGCUUGGAGGGGCUUGUUGAUGUCAAUGUUGGUUGUGAUAUAGAUGAUGAUAUACAUGCAGAUUUUGAGGGAAAUGUGGAAGUGGAAGUCCAAAGUAUGUCAAAUGACUCUAGUGAACCAUGUUCUAGUGUGAGUUCUGAUAGCAUGUUUGAUGUUAACGUGGAGGGUGGGAAUGAUAGAGGUUUGUCAGAUGAUGAGUGGGAAUCUGAACAAUUAAUUAGUGGAGCAGAAAGUGAUGAAGACGAUACCGAUGUAGAGGGUUAUGGGACUUUUGCAACAUUCGUCUUGCCAAAAAGUGUGGUUGACUUUAAGUGGGAAGUUGGGACAUAUUUUGCUGAAAAGCAAGACAUUUUGGAGGCUAUAAAAAGUUAUGCGUUGGAUAAUGGAAGAAAUAUUAAGUUUGUUAAGAAUGAUAAACAAAGAAUGAGGUUCAAGUGUGUGGGUGCAAAAGGUAAAUUCCCUUGGAGGUUAUAUUGUGGCUAUAUGAAGGCAGUGAAAACAUGGCAAUUGAGAACAAUGCUGGACAACCAUACCUGCAGCAGGGAAUUCAACCUUAAAUUAAUUGAUGCCAAGUGGUUGAGCAAGAAGAUACAAAAAACUAUUAGAGAUAAUCCUACAGUUAAGGGUGUGGAUAUAAGGGAAAAAGUUCAAAGGAAAUGGAACAUUGGUAUUUCAAGGUGUAUGGCCUAUAGGGCCAAAAACAUAGCAACAGAGCAAAUUGAUGGCUCUUUCAAAGAAAAGUAUAAAAGGUUAUAUGAUUAUGCCCAUGAGUUGGUGGCCAAAAAUCCAGGAUCAACAGUGAAACUAAAGGUUGAGGAUGUGGGGGGUAAAGUCAUUUUCAAGAGAUUCUAUGUAUGUUUAAAGGCUUGCAAAGACAGUUUUAUGUCAUGCAGGCCAAUUAUUGGUUUAGAUGGAGCAUUUUUGAAAGGUAAGUACGGUGGUGAGUUGUUAACAGCUGUGGGCCGAGAUGGGAAUGAGCAGAUGUUGCCAAUUGCAUACUGUGUUGUUGAAGUUGACAACAAGGAUUCAUGGAGGUGGUUCUUGGAACUGUUGGUAGAUGACCUUGGAGGGGCUGAACUUUGUUUUUCAUUUACCUUUAUAUCAGACCAACAAAAGGGUCUACUUCAUGCAAUAGAUGAAUUGCUUCCUUUAGUUGACCAAAGGUUUUGUGUGAGACAUAUGUAUGCCAACUUCAGGAAGAAAUAUCCUGGUAAAAAUCUUAAGCGUUUAAUGUGGAGGGCAGCUACAGCCACACAUCCAUAAACCUGGGAGAUGGAAAUGAGAAACAUAAGAGCAAUGAACGAAGAUGCUUAUAAGCAUUUGAUUGCCAUCCCUCCAAGAUAUUGGUCAAGAUCAAGGUUCACUAAAAGAGCUAAAUCUGACACCUUAGUAAACAAUAUGAGUGAGGGCUUCAACAGUGUCCUCCUUUCUGCCAGGAGUAAACCCAUAAUUACUUUGUUGGAGACGAUACGGCUUUACCUCAUGCAAAGAUGGGCCAAGAACAGGUCAAGCAUAUCAUCAUUUACUGGAUCCAUUUGUCCCAAGAUCCUAUCCAGAUUUAGAAAGGAAUCUCAGUUAACUAAAAAUUGGAUUCCUAGUUGGUCAGGCAACAAGCUAUUUGAAGUUCGUCACAUGUCUAACAAUGGAGAUAAGUUCGUAGUCAACAUAGAUGACUCCUCAUGCACAUGCAGAACUUGGAUGAUGACUGGAAUCCCCUGUUGUCAUUCAUUGGCUGCAAUGAAGUUCCUCAACAUUGAUGGAGAACAAUUUAUUGACUCUUGCUACAUGAAGUCCAGAUAUAAGGAGACAUAUUCAACAAUUAUAUAUCCCUUAAAUGGAGCCAACAUGUGGAACAUUACUCCAUAUCCUGAUGUGUCUCCACCACACAAAAGAGUAUUGCUUGGAAGACCAAAGAGAAAACGAAGACUAGAGCAAUGGGAAAUGAGGAAGGAUGAAUCAAGAAUGACCAAAUCUGGCUUGCGGAAGAGAUGUGGCAUAUGUAGAGAACAUGGCCAUAACAGAACUCGUUGCCCAUCAGCAACCCAAGCAGUUCCUGAUGUACUGGGCACAGUUCCUGCUUGGGUUGCUGAUGUACUGGGCACAGUUCCUGCUUGGGUUGCUGAUGGGCAACGAGUUCUGUUAUGGCCAUGUUCUCUACAUAUGCCACAUCUCUUCCGCAAGCCAGAUUUGGUCAUUCUUGAUUCAUCCUUCCUCAUUUCCCAUUGCUCUAGUCUUCGUUUUCUCUUUGGUCUUCCAAGCAAUACUCUUUUGUGUGGUGGAGACACAUCAGGUUAUAGAGUAAUGUUCCACAUGUUGGCUCCAUUUAAGGGAUAUAUAAUUGUUGAAUAUGUCUCCUCAUAUCUGGACUUCAUGUAGCAAGAGUCAAUAAAUUGUUCUCCAUCAAUGUUGAGGAACUUCAUUGCAGCCAAUGAAUGACAACAGGGGAUUCCAGUCAUCAUCCAAGUUCUGCAUGUACAUGAGGAGUCAUCUAUGUUGACUACGAACCAUUUUUCAUUUUUCUAGCAACUGUGUAUAGCUUUCUAAAACUCGAUCCUUUCUUGACAAAGCAUCAUAUAUUAUAAAGCAAGUCUGUAGCUUGCUAAGUUUAACUGAGUACUCCAUUACAAAGCACAAACUCCUUAUUCACCACAAUAAAUCCGAAACAUAAGAAAAAAACACAGACACAAACACAAAGAGGGCAGAUCAUAGUACAAGAUUUAUUUGUUUUAGCAUCAUUAGAUCAACUAUCCGAUCCACCUUAAAGACCUGUACCUUUGUCCUUUAUGAUGUUCAUAAAGGAAACCAAGUUGAGGAACAAGCAUGUAAAGUAGGUCAUCCACAUGCUUCCAAUACAAAAGCCUCCAACAGUUAAAAAAAAUAAGGGGGAGGAUAACAAUUCCAAAGCCAAAGAUAAAUCCCAGUUCCACACUUAAGAAACUCCAGUCAAUUGAUCCAUGCAUUUCAUAUACUGGUGUUGGAGAUGAAUGUCCCCCACUAUCACUGCUGCAAUCUCUUAGUGGUGGCCCACAUAAUCCUUCAUUGCCUUCAAAAGAACUCGUAUCAAAUGUUUGCAUUUGAGCACCUGUGGGAAUUUCCCCCCACAAAUGGUUAAGUGAGAGAUUCAAGUAUGCUAGAAAGUUUAAACCAGCAAACUCAGAAGGGAUUUUUCCGCUCAACCUAUUGUUUGACAAGUCCAAGGAUUCUAUAUUCAUCAAAUUUCCAAUUGAUGAGGGGAUGUGGCUUGAGAAAGUAUUAUGUGACAAGUUAAGAACAUUCAGUGCACUCAAAUUCACAAGUUCUUGAGGUAUUGGACCUUCAAAAUGGUUGGAGGAGAGAUCCAAGGAAGCAAAGAUAGUGGGAAUUUUGAGCAACUUCAUUUGCAAAGCUUUGUCCACAACUGUAACUGAAUCCAAGUAGCGACCUCCAUAUUCGUUUGUAACGCUAUAAUAAUUAAAUAUGUGGACAAGCACAUCAUAAGGUUCAGUUUCCAACAAUCCGUACAAUUUUAUUACUAGAAAUUUGUUGACACACGACGACAAAUUAUUGUAAACCAUGAUGUCACCAUCAUCAAACAUAUCAAAAAAUAGAUUCCCGUACUUCUCAUGGGAUUUGGUAUCACGUCGCAUCAUUUGUUUCAAGCUUCUCAAAACUGGUCCAGGGAGAAUACCAGUGAAGUUAUUGAAGGCUAGAUCAACAAUGUGGAGCAUCUCCCAAUUGCUAGUGCUACGUGGGCAUGCAAUAGGACCAUUGAGUUUGUUUGACCUCAAAAUCAGCACUCGCAGGGUGGAAAUUUUCAUCAAGAAGCAAGGAAAUCUAUCGUCAAACAUAUUGUUUCCAAGAUUUAAGACUUGUAGACUCUUGCAAUUUGCAAGUGUGCUUGGGAUAACACCUUCCAAGAGAUUUCCAUUGAGAUUGAGGAAUCUUAAACUGCAUGAACUUGAAAUGGUGUCAGAAACAUAAUCCUGGAGUUUGUUUUGAGCAAGAUUUAGUACUCGGAGGGUACUGUUCCUUCUCAUCAAGCACUUGGGGAUGAGACCAUUGAAGCGAUUAUAAGAAAGAUCAAGUAACCGGAGAGAAGACAGAUUACAAAAGGACUUAGGGAUUUUUCCUUGAAAGUUGUUAUUUGAAAGGGAGAAAAAGUAUACAAAAGGAACAUGCUUAUCCAGGUCGAGUGGGGCACCAAUGAAACUAUUGUUUGAGUAGUCCAAAUGGACCGCAAAUUUUGUGAAAGUGGGAACUAAUCCAGUAAGUUUAUUGGAAUGAAGAUCAAGAAUGAAUAGGUUGGAAUUCAGAUCAUGAAAGGGUCCUUCCAUAUUUGUGAGAAAAUUGUUGGAAAGGUUUAAAUAAACCAGAGAUUGAAAUCUCCAAAUCCAGUUUGGUAUUUCUCCUUGAAUCUGGUUGUUGGAUAGGUCUAAAGCAUUUAUUUGGUUUUGGUUUCUCAAGAACCCCGGAAAUUCUCCUAAAUUGCAAGCACCCAAAAAUAAAUAUUUCAUGCUCGGAAGGGAUGAAAUGGCAUGAUCAUCAUUAAGAGUUGCAUCAACUGAUAAUUUAUUGUGAGAAAGACCUAAUGUAUGCAAAUUUUGAAGCCCUUGAACCACAUCAAGCCGCAUGGUGCCAUUGAAUUCAUUGUCAGAAAGUUGUAGGAAACGAAGUCCUUUAAUAUGAAAGAGAGAUACGGGAAUAGGGCCAUUCAAUCUAUUGCUGCUCAAGUCAAUCAACUCUAAUUUUGAGGAAGAAGCAUUGGUAAGUUCAUAUAAUAAACCAUUAAGUCCAUUAUGAGAAAGUGUAAGCUCUUGCAAAGAUAGAAGUGUAAAAAGAGACAUUGGAAUGUUUCCACUAAGGUAAUUAUCUCCUAAAUUGAUAUAGAGGAGAUUUUCAAGUCCCUCAAAAUGAGUUGUAGUAAUAACUCCUGUCAGAUUAUUGUUCGAGAUUGAUAAAUAUCUGAGAUUUUUUACCAUCUUGAAAGAGGGAAGCGGACCAGUAAACCUAUUAAAAGACAAGUCCAAUUGAACAAGCUGAGUAAGAUUUGAAAUAGAACCUGGUAACUUACCAGAGAAAUCUGUCUUACUAAGAUUCAUGGUGUGAAGAGCAGCAUGUGGUAAGAAGUUUGGCAAAACUCCAUGAAGAUCCUUGUUGUUUGAUAUAUCAAGAACCUUUAGGGUUUGAAGUUGAAAGAUGCCCUUUGGAAAGAGACCAUUCAGCGAGCAACUGCUGAUCUCUAAGACAUUCAAAUUGGAGAAAUUUGCAAAGAAUUCUGGCACCGAACUUGAGAUGUCAUUCAGACUCAAUCUAACUAUUGCGAGUUUCUCAAGUGUUGCUAGCGAAGAAUCAAUUGGUCCAGAGAUAUUGCAUGAUGACAUACUCAACACUUCAAGAUUUUGAAGAGAAGAUAGAGCAUGACACCACUCCUUUCCCUCAGCAGAUACCAUUACACCAUCAAGGUAUAGUUCUGUGAUUUUUGCAAGAUUCUGCAAAAACAUUGCAAUAUUUGGAUUCUGGAGUUUAAGAAUAGGUUGUGAGGUAAGUGGUGUUGACAAGUCAAGUGUUGUCAAAUCUGUCAGAUGAGAAAUCUCAUUUGGAAUCUGGCCAUGAAAUCCAGCAUUUGAUAAAUUCAAAUACCUCAAACUCUUUAGCUUGCCGAAGUUCACAGGAAUGGAAGAAUUGAAAUCAUUGUAAGCCAGAUUCAACCUCUGCAAAUAUUCCAGUUCAAAGAGACUGGAAUUAUCUAGUCCUCCAAAAAUAAACUCCUCACUCAAGUCAAGACCAAUGACACCGCCCUUGCUGCAUGUUACUCCAUUCCAUUGACAGCAAUCGCUACUUUGGUUCCAGUAAACCAAUUUUUUGGAUGUGGCUGGGUUGAAUAGAAGGCUGUCUUUCAAGUGAAGUAAUAAGAAUUGUUGAUGGUCAAGACGGUGGCAUGUUGCUACGUUGAUGAUGAUAUUCAAGUAUAUCAUGCACAAGGGUAUGAAGAUAUGGAAGAAGAUUUGAUGGAUUCUCAUUGCUAAUGAAUAACAAAGUGCUGACCAAAAAGUUUGAAAACUUAAAAGUCAGCAUUCAAUGUGGGGUGAUGUUAAUGGUCUCUGGCGAACUUAUUUAUAAGCUCUAAAUCACUUAUAUCUAAUUCUAAGGACAAUGAGUCUUGUAAACAAGGGGCUCCAUUACUUCAAGUUUGGACAAUGAAUCAUAAUGCAAUAUUAUUAUUUUGUAAUCAUGGUAAUGUCAGCUACGUG